AUGUCUGAAGCUACUGCAUUCGCACUCCCCUCUUCAGACCUCAAUUUGCGAGAAAGAAGUAAGAACUUUCAUUCAAGGCCAGUUAAUGACACCAAUGCCAUACCGUCUAAUUUGGAAAUUGAUAAAGAAAAACCUUCCACAAUCUCUACAAAGACACUUUCUCUUCGAAACAUAAUACUAGAUAUCUUAGGCCCCAUAAUAUUGACUGUACUUUCAUUCUAUUUGAGAUUUAAUGAUAUCGACAAGAAUGAAACUGUCGUUUGGGAUGAAGCUCAUUUCGGUAAAUUCGGUUCAUAUUACUUAAAACAUGAGUUCUAUCAUGAUGUCCAUCCACCCCUAGGGAAAAUGUUAAUUGGUUUGAGUGAAUGGCUCGCUGGUUUUGAUGGUGAUUUCGGUUUUGAUUCAAAUAAAAGGUACCCAUCAGAGGUCAAUUUCAAAUUUAUGAGACAAUUUAACGCUACUUUUGGUGCUUUAUGCGUCCCAGUCGCUUUCUUCACCGCCAAAUGGAUGGAUUUCGAUUAUUAUACUAUCUAUCUCAUCUCUUUAAUGGUAACUUUAGAACAUUCCUACAUCGCUCUGUCAAAAUUUAUUCUACUAGAUUCAAUGUUACUUUUCUUUACAAUGACUACUUUCGCAUGUAUGUGCAAACUUUAUUCAUUGAGAAACAAAUGCCUUACCCGUCAAUGGUCAAUGUGGAUGUCACUCACCGGGUUAUCUAUCGGUUGCGUCUGUUCGGUUAAAUGGGUAGGUCUAUUCGUAACUUUAGUGGUAGGUCUCUACACAGUAAUGGAAUUAUUCCAAUUUUUCUACGAUACCAACUUAUCAAGAUCAAAAUAUUAUAAACAUUGGAUCAUUAGAAUAAUUAAUCUAAUAAUUGUCCCCUUCCUAGUGUAUCUUUUCUGUUUCAAAAUACAUUUCACACUACUUUAUAAAUCAGGUACAGGUGAUUCCGCCACGAAUACUCUUUUCCAAAUUAAUUUAGAAGGCACCACCAUUGAAAAUAGUCCUCGUAACGUCGUCUAUGACUCAGAGGUAACCCUUAGAUCGCAUGGCCUUUCUCCUAAUUUAUUGCACUCUCACGCUCAAGUCUAUCCAGAUGGUUCUCAUCAAAGACAAAUCACAGGUUAUGGGUUUUCAGAUACAAAUAAUAAUUGGAUUAUUAAAUUUGCUAGGACUAAAAUGGUUUAUUUUGAUCCAGAAAGGGAUUUUAUUUCAGUUAGAGAUGGUGAUGAAAUUAGAUUAUUACACAAAAAUACAAAUUCCAAUUUACAUUCCCACGAGGUCCCAUCCCAUGUCUCUCGCGGUAACUGGGAAGUUUCAGGUUAUGGUUCAGACGAUGUCGGAGAUCAAAAGGAUGACUGGGUCGUAGAAAUAGUUAAACAAAUGGAUUCUGCAAACCCAAAUUUUCCAAAGGAAGAUCCAGAAAUAUUACAUCCAGUGUCUACGUUCUUCAGAUUGAGGCAUAAAGUGUUAGGCUGCUAUUUAACCUCCACUGGUCUGUCUUAUCCAAGUUGGGGUUUCUCUCAAGCAGAAAUUGUUUGUAAAAAUUCCUGGAGUAAACAUGAUAAAUCAACUUGGUGGAAUAUAGAAGGUCAUUGGAAUGAACAUUUAUCAAUAGACGAAAGUUACGUCCCACCAAAAUCAAACUUUUGGACGGAUUUUGUGUUAAUCAAUUUUGCUAUGGCUUCUUCUAAUAACGCUCUAGUCCCUGAUGAAGACAAGUACGAUCCACUGGCUUCCGACUUUUGGGAGUGGCCUAUUUUAUACAGGGGUUUAAGAAUGUGCAAUUGGGUAACCACUUCAUAUAAAUAUUACCUAAUGGGUUCUCCUUUCAACACCUGGAUUUCCACUCUUUCACUCUUUAUUUUCUGUGGUAUUGUAUCUUCUAUAGUUUACAAAUACAAAAGACAGUCUCUAGUAAUGUCCACUGAUUUAUUUUGGAAACUUUCAAUACAAGGUGGAUUUCCUUUCGUCGCAUGGAUUGCACACUAUCUUCCCUUCGUUGUUAUGGGAAGAGUUACUUAUGUUCAUCACUACGUUCCUGCAUUAUAUUUUGCCAUACUAGUGUUUGGAUUUGUCACUCAUUAUUUGUUACAUACUCGCCAUUUUCUCAUCAAGUUGCCAGUGUAUGUCUUACUAUAUUCUGGCUGUGUAUAUGUUUAUAUUUUAUUUUCACCGAUAUGCCAAGGAAUUGUUGGAAGAAAUGCGAAUUAUACUAAUCUAAAAUGGUUGCCGAGCUGGAAUAUUGUAGAUGACGUGAAUUUCUUGUAG